AUGAUCAUUUUGCUCUUUGUAUUCAUUCAAUUACUCACUCAACCAGCUCAUCUUCUUAAUCAUUCAACAGUUGACUCGAUAAACAGAAGUUCAAGAUCUUUGCCACUUCAACCAGGCUAUGUAACAGCUUCACCACAAUCACAUUCUGUUAAUUCGUCAUAUGAAACUGAUCACAUUACGAAUAUUCAAUCAGAUCCCACACAAAUCGUCGUGUUCACAACCAAAAAUGGUCCCCAUGAUAAGCUGAGGAUAAGAAUUGAAUUAACAGAUUUGAAGGAAAAUCGUAUAAUAACACCAAUAGACCUUCAGGGCAUCUGGUUGAUGAUUAGUCGAGGGAAAUAUACAAUUCCUUUCUUGAAGCCAGAUCAUUGGUAUGGAUUGUAUUUUCGAAGUGAAAAUAUUAUUAAUAAUAGACCAAUUUCACAUGUGGAAGAACGUUUAAUUAAAACAGCUUCGCGACAAGCAAACUCUUCCACUCCAACAAAUCCUUUGUUUGAUGUGAAAAUGCACAGAAGCCUGGAUGGAGAAGUGAACACGGAAGGAUUUUAUGUGACUGCGAGAUGGUUACAUGCUGUCAACAGAGUUAAUGGAAGUGAUGUGGUUGUUGAUGUAAGUGUUGAUUGUUUACAUUCAAAGUCAUCUGAAAAAAUCCGACUACCGUACUAUGAGGACAGUGUUACUGUAGAAAUUAGAGUAGAUCAUCGAUAUGAGUUAGAGAAUUUGAACAAGACAUCUCAUCAAGUGAAAGCUCACAUAACUCCGACAGUUUGUAAAAGAAUUUGUUGGAAGAAGAGCAUCGAAAUGGUUUCGGCUAAGAACAGAUUUGCGCAAGAGUUCGGAACAGAGUGUAAAGACAUCGAAGGAACCACUAGUGUCACCUAUCUCAGGAAUCUGAAGCAUUAUACCGUUGAAGGAAACUCCGACAGAGAACUGGUGAUUGUGACAGAGUCUGUGGAAAACACUGAAGAAGCUUUUAUCACUAUCCAAGCAUUACGUAUAGAUCAAUCAAACGCUUCAGAUGUCGUUUAUCGUACAUUCAAUACGAAGAAUACGAAUGGAGAGUUUCGCAUUCCAUUGGAUAAUGAUGCUGUUUAUGCUGUUCAGUAUGAGUAUACAAAGAUCAAACCUUUCCACUAUACGGAGAAGGAGCAUUUUGUUGUUGAAACUCCAGCAGUCAACUCUUCAAGACCAUCACAUGUGCCAAUAGAAAUAGAAUUUCAUCCUCAGGCAGUUGACGAGCAUACGAAGUUAGAGGAAGUGAAACCAGAAAUCGUCUUGAAGAGAGGAUUAAGCUAUGACGUACAUUUACAUUUGGAGUCAUUCUGUGAAAAUGUGGAAAAGGAUGUUCUACUGACGAAUGAGCAGCCAUCAUAUCAUAUAGAUGCUCAUUCAGUUCUAUGCUCUUCACCAUCAAAGUAUCCUUUCUGUUCAUCUAAUAUCACAAAUGCAUGCUCUUCCACCAUUCUAUGCUAUUCAAAUGCAAUUAUGAUGAAAAACGAUUUAGAUACUUCUCAAACAGUUCCAGAAAGAUAUUCAAGUGACAUAAGAUGUUUGAAUGUCACUCAGCAUUUCAAUCUUCCUUCAUUUUCAUCAAAAAUUCCUAUUUCCCUCAAUAUCUUUACGUUCAUGUACGGUUUUACCUUCUAUUAUUUAUAA